GACCCCAGAAGUGGGGGGGAGGGAAGGGGGGGGAAGAAGAAACAAAUCAGGUUUUCUACAAACGAACAACCAAGAGGGAUUUUUUUUUCCCCCAUCCGAAAGUGACAUCGGUGUGUGGAUCUUUGUGUCCCAGUCUGCCCUCGUCUGCAACAUAUUUUCUGCUGGCUGUUUGCCUCUUCCCACAGCCUUUCCGAAAAUAAAGUGACGUCUUUUAUUCAAAGGCUGAAGAAGCUCAGUGAUUCCUCACCUAGAAGGAUCCCCUUUAUGCUCAGAUUUUCCCGAAUUCUGGGCCAAAACCCGUGUUUCUUCCACCCUGAAGCCUGAAGUUUUCAAACUGGAGCAGCGGCGAAGGUGUAUCGACUUCUGCGAAAGAGAUUUUCUCGCUCUCUCUCCAGGAAACCGAGUCUAAGUGCUGGACUUCCUACAACCGACUCCCUAAAAGUUCAUCAGCUUUUGGAGAUCUUGCAUUCCUAAAAGAUUAAAGGAUCCAUGAGCCUACUGGAUAACUCUUGAGUAGCUAAGAUUUUUUUUUUUUCCUUUUUUAGCUGGAUCGAGUCCCUGGAUUUGAUCGUUGGGCCUUGCCCGUCGUUGACAUUCCAGAUCGAGUUCUCUUGGAGGUCUAUGGUUCUCUCUGCCAGAGCUUUUCUUCUCUUCCGCUGUGCCCUCACCUGUGUUUAGAAUUUAUUACCAAGGAAGCGGACAAAAGGUGCUGAAUUCUCAGGGCAGUCAAGAUGUUCAGCUGGAUGAAAAAGAACGAGAAGAAGACCCCAGAGGUCAUCCGUACGGUUACCGAAGGUUUGAAGGACCUCUACAAGAGGAAGCUCCUUCCCGUGGAAGAGUUUUAUCGCUUCCACGAUUUCCACUCGCCGGCUCUGGAAGAUGCCGACUUUGACAACAAGCCCAUGGUGUUGGUGGUAGGCCAGUACUCAACUGGCAAAACCACCUUCAUUAAAUACUUGCUGGAGCAAGAUAUUCCCGGGAGCCGAAUUGGACCCGAACCCACCACAGACUCUUUCAUUGCUGUCAUGCACGGUGAAACGGAGGGGAUCAUACCGGGCAAUGCCCUGAUUGUCGACCCCAAAAAGCCCUUCCGAAAACUCAACCCUUUUGGAAACACCUUUCUCAACCGGUUCAUGUGUGCUCACUUGCCCAACCAGGUUCUCGAAAGCAUCAGCCUCAUCGACACGCCGGGCAUCCUGUCAGGAGCUAAGCAGCGGGUCAGCCGAGGUUACGACUUCCCGGCCGUGCUCCAGUGGUUUGCCGAGCGUGUGGACCUCAUCAUCCUGCUCUUUGACGCCCACAAGCUGGAGAUCUCCGACGAGUUCUCCGAGGCCAUCCGGGCCCUCAAGGGCAACGAGGACAAGAUCCGGGUGGUCCUGAACAAGGCCGACAUGGUGGAGACACAGCAGCUGAUGCGGGUCUACGGCGCCCUGAUGUGGUCGCUGGGCAAAGUUUUCAACACCCCCGAAGUGCUGCGUGUCUACAUCGGGUCCUUCUGGUCGGAGCCCCUGAUGAUCUCUGACAACCGACGGCUCUUUGAGCUGGAGGAGCAGGACUUGUUCACGGACAUCCAGAACCUGCCCCGAAAUUCUGCCCUGAGGAAGCUCAAUGACCUGGUCAAGAGAGCCCGAUUGGUCAGGGUCCAUUCCCACAUCAUCAGCCACCUCAAGAGGGAGAUGCCGUCCGUCUUUGGCAAGGACAACAAGAAGAAACAGCUGAUCAACAAGCUGCCCGUCAUCUUUGCCAAGAUCCAGCUGGAGCAUCAUAUUUCACCUGGCGACUUCCCCGACUGCGACAAGAUGCAGGAGAUGUUGAUGGUCCAUGACUUCACCAAGUUCCAUGGGCUGAAGUCCCGCAUGGUGGAUACCCUGGAUGAGUUGCUGACCCUCGACAUCGCCAAGCUGAUGCCCCUCUUGCGCCAGGAGGAAGUCGAAGUCCCCGAGCAGAUCGUCCAGGGGGGAGCCUUCGACGGCACCCGCAACGGGCCCUUCGUCGAGGGGGCCACCGAAGGCGCCUACGAGGGCAUGGAUGACGACGAGUGGAUCGUGACCAAAGACAAGCCCAAGUAUGACGAGAUCUUCUACAACCUCUCUCCAAUGGAUGGCAAGCUAAGCGGCACUAAGGCCAAGAAUUGGAUGGUCACCACCAAGCUGCCCAAUUCGGUUCUCGGGAAGAUUUGGAAGCUGAGCGACGUCGACCGGGAUGGCAUGUUGGAUGACGAGGAGUUCGCUCUGGCCAGCCACCUCAUUGAGGUCAAACUCGAAGGUCACGGUCUGCCCUCUGACCUGCCCCGCCAUCUUGUUCCCCCUUCCAAGCGUCGGCAAAAGGGCUCGGCUGAGUAAACAGCUUCCUGAGUUUGCUCCCCCUCUCAUCCUAACACCAGGCUUGAACUACUUCAGGAGGUGCUGGGCCUUCUCCAAUUUUCCUCGAAGCAAACUUCCAGGCUUGGAUUCCUUAUGAAGGCCUCACCUAGCUGCCGAGCACCGCAUAGGAAAUCUGCUUUCUGCUCUUCUCUUCAAGCCAAGCUUCCAGCUCAAACUUCUCCAUCCCUUCUGGUCUUUUAAGCGACUCCUGUCCACCUCAAAAAGCCUUAUUUCCUCAUGCAGAAUUAAGCCAGUUGAACUCACAAUGUCUAUGACCCCAAGUAUCUGUAGUGUUAGAUUUCUCACAUGGUCUCUCUUCCUGGAAACCAAGCUCAACUUCAUUGGCUUCCUCAACUACCUACAAAUAUUACUUCCUCCAUGCCUAGUUUCAACUGUUCCUUUAGGCCACAGUCUAAGCCCACAUCAGACCCAUCUUAGGUUUUACUUCUCUUAGUAGUCCAUGGCCAGAUCUGCUAUCAACCUAGGCUUCAGAAGAUGGUCUGAACCUUCCAGCUUUCUUUAUCUUUGGUCUCCCUAGAAAUGGUCAACAUCUUUCCUCCGUUCCAUCUGGCCUUUGGCCACCUUUUGGGAAGGAAGGAAGGAAGGAAGGAAGGAAGGAAGGAAGGAAGGAAGGAAGGAAGGAUGGAUGGAUAAGGAGGGGGGGAGCAGAGAUAGGUGACUGGAAGCAAUCCAUCAGAACCACAAACAAUGUUGAUCCCAAAAGCCAUGGUUGAAGGUGGCAUCUAAAAUGAUCAUAGAUCAGUCAUUGAGAUGUUUCCCUUCCGGGGUAGCAGAGGUAAGAGAUAGGAUGAGAUCCUUCUGGCUUAAAGCAGGGAUGUUCCAUUUCUCCACUCUUUCUUCUGGGAUGGAAUUGGUAGAAGAGACUAAUUGUAGAAGACCUUUCUCAAAGCAAGACUAGGCGGUGAGAAAUCUACCAUGGAGAGGACCACAUGGAGAUGGAGCCAGAACCAGGCCUAGUAUUAGAGAACUUCACACAUCAGGUCUUACGAAGGCAUCCUCUUUCGUGAAGGCUCACAGAAGAAGUUGCUGGUGAACUUUCCUCCAAAUUCUUCUCUGUCUCGCUGCCGCAGUUAGCUUGCACAACUAAAGCGCUUUCCUUCCCAACCCUAAAAAUGCUGCUGUGUUCCAGCAUUCACGAGAUGGGACAAUUCUGGAGAUCAAGUGAUCUUUCCCAUAUUUUUCUUCCCCCCUUGGAAAGUGGCCAAGGAGAAGACAACAUGGCCCUUGGAAUCAGUAGUGGGUUUCACUUACCUUUGUUACCGGUUCGGAACUGUGAGUGCGCGCGGAGCUUCUGCGCAUACGCAAAGCGUCCGUGAUGACAUCCGGGCGGGUGGCGGAGCCUCCCAUCGCCGCUACCAGUUUGCCUGAACUGGGGCAAACUGGUCGAAACACACCACUGCUUGCAAUCCAGGAGAAUCCAUCAAAGUCGCAGGGAAGAAGUUGAAGUUGAGUUGAGUUGAAGAAAGGUCCGUCUUAAAAAUCAGCUUUCAAAGAGAGAGAGAGAGAAAAAAGCCACAGGAAACGAGAGGAAGUUGGGCAGGAAGAAAACCAGAAACAGGAGCCUUUGUUAGAAGGAAAAGCAGGAAGGGCAGGUUUCCUAGGGAAUUUGGUACAGGGAUCUCUCCAUCCAGUGAGGAAGCCAUAACGUCAAGUCGGAGCUUCACUUGCACGACACAUCAAGCAGCAAGAGACAUUCCGACAUGUCCCAGCAUUGGCUACAGGCCAAUAUUUGAGGCUAGGAAAACUUCAAGCUCUCCGUGCCACAACAGCUGCCUCUCAACCACAUACCUGCAAAUAACGUGCAGAUUUUUAUUUUUUUUUAACGCCAUAGCAAUGGGAAGCUUGAGUGGUGCGGUGGCCUAGAGGUGGAGCUCUCGCCUCACCAAUCAGGAGGCUGCGAGUUCAAUCCUAGGUAGAGGCAGAUAUUUCUCUCUCUGGGUUCCCACACUGAAAAUAUGUCCGCUGAACAAAACUCCACAUUGGCGACAGGAAGGGCAUCCGGCCAGUAAAACACUCUGCUCCAUUCGGUGGCCCAGACUCCACCCUGCAAGGGAUGAUGGGGGUCAUUUAAAAGAAGAUGAUGAUAGCACUGGGAAGCUUGAACAGCCCAAAACUGCACAGCCAAAACUAAAACAUUGUGCUACGUUUGCAUCCAUGCUCUUGAUCUCACAUCAAGCUGGACUUUCCGUCCAAAGGCCAAAGUGGCUUUUAACAUUCAAAGCUCAAAGCAGGGCAUCCGGUUUUUGCAAGAAUGAUGUCGUUCUCGCUCAUCAAGAGAAGCACAAAUCCCUUCUGAAGGACCAUGGGUGGUCUGGAAAGGAGCUAUCCUUUGGUGCUUGACCCAACUGGAGAGCUCCAUUUGGUGUUGAGGAUAACCCUCUCCAUCUCGACCUCCUGCAACCUCUAGAGAACCUUUUUUGGGGACGAUCCCGGGGGAGUGAAUAUGUCACCCUGGGUGCUGCCAAGCUGCUUCUUCAGAUCUGGGUGAGGACUCUACCAAACUAGGACAUCUAAAUUAAUACUGGCUUCACUCAGAGAAUCCUGGGAGUUCUCUUUUGGCAAAGGACAUCUCAAGAAAAAAAAUGUGUCCAAUAGUUUAAAAAAAAAAAAACCUGGAGAGCUGUGGAGCAAAGUAACAAGCCAAUGUGUUUUUGGGGUCUCUUUUCUGAAGUUGAUGGCCACGCCUUGCAAUUCCUUGAAGGACCAUGCAUUUUAAGGAAUCCCACUUAGGCCUCUACCAUGUGGUAUAGACAGAAGAGCCUUAAAUCGUGAAUGGAUGAGCCUUCAACAUUAGAUUCUUGAAAAAAACGUGGGAUUUUUAACAGCUGCUGGCUUUAGACUCACGGCUCAGUGGCUAAGACGCUGAGCUUGUCGAUCGAAAGGUCGGCAGUUCAACGGUUUGAAUCCCUAGUGCCGCGUAACAGGCUGAGCUCCCGUUACUGGUCCCAGCUUCUGCCAACCUAGCAGUUCGAAAGCAGGUAAAAAAUGCAAAUAGAAAAAUAGGGACCCCCUUUGGUGGGAAGAUAACAGCGUUCCAUGCGCCUUUGGCGUUUAGUCAUGCCGGCCACAUGACCACGGAGACGUCUUCGGACAGCGCUGGUUCUUCGGCUUUGAAACGGAGAUGAGCAGCGCCCCCUAGAGUCAGGAACGACUAGCACAUAUGUGCGAGAGGAACCUUUACCUUUACCUGGUAUUGAGAGAUGGACCAAUGAUCUCAAUAUAGUUUGCAGGGCCCUUUAAAAUCACCCAUUGAGCCAUUGGGAUAUUUGGCAAGGUGUACAAUUAACCUCUUUAGAAUUAGGACUGAAUAGAGAGAAAUAUUACCCAACACAAGGUUUCUAUUUUUAAAAAAAAAACAAGGCUAAGGGGUGGGAAAAUCCAUAGAUAUCUAGAGGCUAAAGGAUGUCGGAACAAGAUUUAGAGGAAGACUUCAGAUACCAGUUCAAAAUGCUAAAUCUUUAAGCAUCCAGAUUUUGGUGCCAUAUAUUUGUAGGCAUUUUCUUCACUUCGCAUAGCUUUUUUUUUUCGCUGUCCUGAUCAAGGGGAUUUUAAAAAAAGUAAAAAGGCACUCUGGAAGUGAAAAGAACCUUUCCAACUGUUUCUCUCCCGUGUUGAGGUCUAGCCCCUUGCUUUAAGAGAAGUGAAAAUAAAGAUGCAACUUGCAAGCUUAAUAUUAACAGCACCCAUCAAGCCCACAUUAGCUUUAUUAAGCAAAUUAGCAGAACAAGGUUUAAUUCAGCUUCCAGCCGCCAUGAAGACGAGGCAGAGUCCAAGCCUCCUUUUAUUCCAUCCAUACUUGUUUUUUUUUUUUUUUAAAACUUCUUUUUCCCCCUGUAGUUAAAUCUCACAUUUGAUCCACUUCCUUUCCACCGUACACCCCUCCAUUUUUAUCAUAAUGUAUUGCUACAGCAAAAAUGGCAUGCAUAUUAUUAUUAUUAUUUUGUUACCUGUAACACACAUUUUUGUUUUAAUCUACCGAUCUCGCUCAGACGUUGUCCUAGGGAUGACUUGAGGCUGUUGGGGAGAAUUUUGGGGACAUUUCUUCCUAAAAAAAAAAAAAACAAGGAAUAAAAAACGGAACCCGGGUGGGAGAUUCAGGUGGAGGCAUCUCUUAAUUUUUUUUUUUUUAUUCCUGUAAAUUCCCUUAAAUCUGCUGCACAGGCCUGGCUCCCAUCCGAUAACCAGAGAUGGUUCCUAUUUUCUGCACCCCCAGGGAAAAUUCAGCCUCUUGAAGCCAAGACCUCCCCCCCACAAGCGUGCAACCAGAACAACGAUGCAAAUUUAAAACAUAAAUACAAGUACAGGCAGCCUUUGAUUUAUGACGGUUCAUUUAGGGACCGUUCAAAGUUAUAACGGCACCGAAAAAUGGGUUUUCACACUUACGGCCUUUGUAUACAACUAUCCUAAAUACUGGUUGCCAAGCCCCCAAAGUUUAAUCAUGUGACCGUGGAGACGUGGCAAUGGUCAUAAGUGCGAGGACUGAUCAUAAGUCACUUUUUUCUGGCCUGUUGUAACUUCGAAUGGCUUCUAAACAAACGGUUAUAAGUCGAGGUCCACCUGUUUUCUUUUUUUGUUUGUUUAUUUAGCUUGGCUGGGUCCUUCUGCUCCCCCCAAAAGGCCCAGAUUUCCUAUUCUACACCUGCAGAGCGCACCUUUCUCACUUCCAAAGAGGUGGGGGUGAGAUCCGCACUCCUUUCAGAGUUGACCCACUCACUGGGGUGCUGAAGAAGGAGAGGGCACUUCCCCUCCGGGUGCUGAGAAGGCUUCACCCCAUCGCUAUGGGGCAGGAAUGGGGAGAGUCAAUGGGGGUAUCUGGCUUGCCCACCUUUGGCUGAGAGUCCGAAUAAAGUCAGGGCCUCGUGAGCGAGUCCCACAACGUGGUUCUGUUAUUGUAACAAUCCUUCCGUUGGAAUAAAUAUCGUAUUUACCAAUCUGAA